ACUGACAACUAUGAAAUAGCUGGCCAACCAACAGCCAGUACCCACAUAACCAAACUAUAGUUUUUAGAAAUGGCUGACGUUACAAAAGCGGAGAAAACGAUCGCUGAAGACUUGGUCGUAACCAAGUACAAGUUAGCAGGGCAAAUUGUUAACCGUGUAUUGGAACAAGUCAUAGCAAAAUGCGUGCCAGACGCUUCAGCGCGAGAGAUUUGCGAGUUUGGGGAUAAAUUACUACUGGAUGAAACGUCGAAAGUCUUCAAAAAAGAAAAGGACUCUAAGAAGGGCAUAGCGUUUUCAACAUGCGUUUCCGUAAAUAACUGUAUAUGUCAUUUUUCGCCCAUACCUAGUGAGACUGACUAUAUCUUGAAACAAGGGGACCUUGCUAAGAUAGAUUUAGGUGCCCACAUUGAUGGCUUCAUUGCGGUGGUGGCACACACUGUUGCUGUGGGUGGUGGGGAGGUGUCUGGUCGCGCAGCUGAUGUCCUCCUCGCCGCUCAUCUGGCCAGUGAAGCCGCCUUGAGGUUGCUCAGACCUGGGAAUGAGAACUAUGCAGUCACAGAUGCUGUACAAAAAAUCAGUGCAGAGUAUGGAUGCAAACCCAUAGAGGGUAUGCUGUCGCACCAGUUGAAACAGUUCCGCAUUGACGGAGAGAAGAGCAUAAUACAAAACCCAUCAGAAGCACAGAGGAAAGAGCAUGAAAAAUCUACUUUUGAAACGUAUGAAGUGUAUGCUAUGGAUGUUCUAAUUUCUACUGGUGAAGGUGUUGGUCGUGAGAUGGAUACAAGAUGUACAAUAUACAAAAAAACUGACGAAAUCUACCAACUUAAAUUAAAGGCAUCAAGAGUGUUUUACAGUGAGGUUCGCAACAAGCACGGUUCAAUGCCUUUCAACCUUCGAAGCUUCGACAAAGAGACCAGUGCAAGGCUUGGAGUUGUCGAGUGUGUAAACCAUAAACUUAUUGAGCCUUUCCAGGUGCUAUAUGAGAGACCAGGUGAAUUAGUAGCACAGUUUAAAUUCACGGUGUUACUACUGCCCAGCGGGACGCAUCGCAUCACCGGCCUGCCUUACGACAAGAGUCAAUGCAAGACUGAACGCUCACUCAAGGACCCUGAACUUAAUGCACUACUUCACUCUUCUGCCAAGUCAAAUAAGAAGAAGAAAAAGAAAACUGGUGCUGAAGAAGCUAUGGAAGUUGAAACUGCUGCCUAGCAUUUGAAUUUGUAUCAACUAACUGGACUGAAGUUAAAUGAAUUCAGCAGCUUUUUAAAUCCCACAUGGACAAUCUUUUGACCACCUUGUACAGUGAUAAAAUGAGCAAUAUUAUAUCUAUCCUGUUAUAUAGCUUUCAAUAAGUGAUUACCCUUCAGUGUUCAUUUUGAACUGUUAAAAUCAAAUGAUUGGCAAUCAACUAUAAGAAAAUUGUUAAUGUUUAGAUGUUUAUGAAUAUUAUUAACAAAUGCAUCUUAUUUCAUUUACUUUCACAUUCAAAUCCAGAAUUCAUUAAUACCUUGACUUAAAAACAACACGGUAGGUCCAUUAAAAAAUCUUCAUAUGAAACUUUUAAGAAAAGUUUUCUCACAACCGUGUAAUGAUAUAAAGCCCAUUCCGAAUAUCUCUAUUUGGUUUUCUUUAAAGUAAUAUUACUGUGCACAAAAUUUAUUCUGACAUAUUAUCUCAAAAUAUCAGUGCAAUUAAGUUUGAUUACUGUUGUAUUUACCAUUAUUUUGAAGUAUUCAAUAGUUUUGUAAUUACACUAUAAUAUCAAGGGACUCAGAAAUUCUAGGAAAUAUGUCUAAAUUAGGAUAAAUUAUAAUUGUUUUUUUUUACUAAAGCAUAUUAGAUGUAAUAUGGGUACUUCAAAAUAAUAGUAUUUAGUCUAUUGUUAGUUCCAUAAAUAUUAACUUAUUAUUUGAAUUUCAUGUCUUUUAAUACAUUGUUGUAUUCAGUACUUGUAGGUUUUCCAAUAUUUAUGGAGCUAAUAGUGAUCUAAAGUUACAAGAUGUGACAUAUGAAAGGAAUAAAUCAAUCUUGACCCUUGUGGUCUGAUUUUGUAAUGAUG